AUGAGCUCAUUGCAUGGAGGGAAUCAGCUGGGAAAUCGAAUCUUCGAGAUAUUGGGAGUGGCCGCCAUAGCGAAGAGGCUGCACAGACGUCCUUCUUUCUUGCUCCAAAGCGAUUCAUUCAAUCAGCCAGUCAUUCGCCAACUCUGGAAAACCCUACACUAUUUCCCCAAUGUUCUUGAUGGGUUUUUCCUCGAGUCAGAGAGUUUGGGGCUAAAUAUCUCUUCACUGCCCCGGGUGAAUUUAAAGGCCCAACCCUCGACUUACAUCAACUUUUCUCGGUUUGAUGGGCUGGAAAAGGAGAGAAUCGUUGUCAUCGACGCCGCCUUUUUGCAGAAUAUCCAGUAUUUGAAUGAUCUUGGUUGGGAGGAGGUGGCUUUCCGAUUAGGAUUCACUGAGGAGACUCUCGAGCUGACAAAACUCAUUCUGCCCGAUGAUUUUCGAAAGAGAAAAAAGAGAAUUUGUGUUCAUUGGCGACGAAAAGAUUUCGGCUCAUAUGCUGCCAAAUCUUCUUACAUUGUUAAGGCGUUGAAUGUGAUCAUUAAACAAGAAGCAGUGUCCAAUUUCGGGAUCACAAUUUUCUCGGAUGACGCAAAAAAUUUGAAAGCCGAUGUGAGAACAGAAGAGUUUAAACAUUUUGCUAACUCAACGUGGCUCCCCAUUGACGAUCAUCCAAUCCAUUUCGUCUGGUCAUUUCUCUCGCAUCAAUGCACGCAUAUUUUGUUGACAAAUAUUCAAUCAACCUUUGGUUACUUGGGUGCUUAUUUGGCUGGCAAUCGAUCGAUUGUUUAUUUCAAUCCAGCUCUCCAUUGGAAACACAAAAUGCCGACGCCAAAAGAGUGGAUUCAAUUGGUUGUU